AUGGAGCAGAAAAGCAGAGUGGUGAUCGUGGGCGCAGGCCCCGCAGGCUUAGCAACCUCGGCAUGCCUAAACCUCCAAAACAUAGCCAACAUUGUGCUGGAGCGAGAAGACUGCGCCGCCUCGCUGUGGCGGAAGAGAGCCUACGAGCGGCUGAAGCUCCACCUGGCCAAGGAGUUCUGCCAGCUCCCCCACAUGCCCUUCCCGUCCAAUUCCCCGACCUUCAUCCCCAGAAACGCCUUCAUCCGCUACCUCGACGACUACGUGGCCCGCUUCGGGGUCAGCCCACUCUGCUGCCGCAGCGUCGUGUCCGCUUCGCUCCAGAGCGGGAAAUGGGUCGUGGUGGCCCGGAACGGCCGCUCCGGGGCCACGGAGAGGUACGUGGCGGAGUUCCUCGUGGUGGCCACGGGGGAGAACAGCGAGGGUUUUAUCCCGCCGCUGCAAGGGCUCCACUCCUUCAAAGGGGAGGUGCUGCAUUCCAGCAUGUACGAGAAUGGGGAGAGGUUCCAGGAGAGGGAGGUGCUGGUGGUCGGAAGCGGGAAUUCCGGCAUGGAGAUCGCGCUCGAUUUGGCCAACUGGGGUGCCCGGACGUCGGUCGUCAUUCGGAGUCCGGUGCACGUGCUUAGUGAGAAUUUGGUAAGGUUGGGCAUGACAUUACUUUCGUAUCUGCCGCUGAAUCUGGUGGAUAACCUGGUAGUGUUUCUAGGUAAUAUGAAACAUGGUAAUCUUUCCAAAUAUGGCAUUCGGAGGCCCAAGGAGGGGCCUUUCUUUCUAAAAAUGGCAACUGGGAGAUCCGCCGUCAUCGAUGUCGGAACCAUCGCCAAAAUUAAAGCAGGAGAAAUCCAAGUGUUCCCAUCCAUCAAGAUGGUGGAAGGAAACCAAGUUACGUUCAGUGACGGGCGCACUCAAAGCUUCGACGCCAUCGUUUUCGCCACUGGUUACAAGAGCACCGUCAGGACAUGGCUGCAGGAUGAUGAGGGAGGGGUUUUUGGUGAAGAUGGAAUGCCGAAGGAGAAACCUCCAAAUCAUUGGAAAGGAGAAAACGGUGUUUACUGUGCUGGAUUUGCGAGGGCAGGGCUGGCUGGCAUUGCUAAGGAUGCCAAGGCUAUAUCGCAGGAUAUCAACGCCAUUUUAUCCCAACCACACACAAAUUAG